UCUGUCAUCAGUCGGCGCGCGCACGACAUGUCUCGUGUCACGCUCGUGUCUUGUGUGCUGCUCCUCCUCGCUCUCGGGACUUCCGCGGCCGACAUAGAAGGCUCCCCGUGUCAGCGCGACGGCUACAACGGCACGUGCGUUCUUGCGAAGCACUGCGAGACACUCAUCUUGGACUACAAGGAACAGAAUUAUCCACCGGUGUGCGGGCUGCGCGGCAAGGAGCCCAUCGUGUGCUGCACCGACUGUGACCUCGUGGACAACAUCGAAAAUAUAUACCUCUCGCGCCAACAUUCACGACUCGAAAAAACGAACGAGAAGUCUUGGGACGCUUGCAUCGACAAUGCUUUAUACAUACCAGACUACCACUGCAAAAGCACAAUUUCCUAUGGCUUUCAUAAACAAUACAACCCCGAAAGGAAAUGUCACUCAAUAGUCUCCAGCGCGUGGUCUCCGGUCGGCGGUGAAGACGCUGAAAGAGCGGAGUUCCCCUUCAUGGCGCUGCUGGGGUUCGGACCGAGCGCGGAGGAGGCGCAGUGGCUGUGCGGCGGGUCGGUGAUCUCCGCGCGGUACAUCCUCACGGCGGCGCACUGCAUCUCCGAGCCACGCCUGGGACCCUUGAAGUACGCAGCUCUCGGCAUCCUGAAGCGCUCCGACCCUCCUGAGAUCUGGCAGCGGCACACCCUCGCCCAGGUCAUCCCGCACCCCGACUACGUCUCGCCCUCCAAGUACCACGACAUCGCGCUCCUCAAGACAGAGAAACAAAUAGAGUUCAACGUGAAUGUGGUGCCUGCGUGUUUAUACUCUGGUCGGAUAUCUCCCUAUAUUAAUAAAACCCGAGCACUAGCCCUGGGGUGGGGCUAUUUGGGGCCGAGGAAACGCUUGGCAGAUGUGCUGCAAAAGGUUGAAGUGAGCGAGUUCACCGCCGAGGAGUGCUUGAAGCAGUAUCCUCCGCACCGUCACCUGCUCGACGGGUUCGACAACAGCACGCAGCUGUGCUUCGGAGACCGCGACACACCGCACGACACUUGCCAGGGUGACAGCGGCGGUCCCUUGAUCCUGCACGAGAGCGAGGCGGGCUGCACCAGGGCUGUGCUCGGCGUGACGUCAUCAGGCGUGGCGUGUGGCGACGCGGGCGCCGGCCUCUACACGCGCAUCGAGCACUACAAGCCUUGGAUCGUGAGCAUCGUCUGGCCUUGAAGAUUUUUAACUAAACUUAUUAGAAAUUGUUUUAAUUCAUUGUUCUCUUCCAAAUUGAAUAUAAAAGAAUCUUU